CAUCGAUAGUCGAAAGUGCAAGCUUGGCGCCAAGACAAUGCUUCGGCCUAUCGAUAGUCAUAUCUUAUUUCGAUAGCUUUCGCUGUGUUGUGAAAUUACGCCGGUAUCCUAAACAACUUUUAUGAAUACCAUCUAAAUGGCAUCUAAUAAGGAGUGUCUAAUUAUUGUAUUAGACGUGCGAAGCUGCGCCUCCGAGGAGUUAAAAUUAAAGUCGGUGAAGUGCGUUGCAGAAAUACUAAAAGAUAAGAUUGUCAGCGACAAGAAAGACUAUGUGUCGUUUGUUUUAGUGGGUUGUAAAAACAGCAAAAAUGAGUUGAAUAAGUCUAGUAAUAUGUGCCAGAAUGUGGUUCAAUAUAAUGAGGAUCCACAGCUUUGUAACUGGCAGCUAUUGCUCGAAUUCUUUAAGUUUGUCAACGAGCCGCCCUGCGAUGGGGGCGAGUGGCUGGACGGUCUGAAUGUAGCCGUGGCUAUGCAAAAGGCGGCCAGCAUCUUAAAGUGCGCUAGGCAGCGUAUUUUGCUCCUUUAUGAUUUCAACUACAUGCCACAGAGGUACGAUGAGUACGACCGGAUCAAUAGCGAGUUGCUCAAGGAAGGAAUCGAGUUGAUUGUGGGCUCGAACAAUAUCUCCUAUAUUGACAAUGCUAAGAGCAACCUGCCGCAGGCCAUCUUUCAGGUCUCGCGCAAGGCUAACAUCUAUGAGCAGGCGAACCAAAAAUAUGCGAUGCAGUUGGUCAGCAACUGCAAUGCUACCUUAUGCAACUUUAAGGAGGCGCUGGCCUCUGUGUUUAACGUGUCGACUAGACGCCCUUGGGUGUGGAAUGCCAAGCUUCACAUUGGCAGUGUGAUCGCGAUCAACUUGCAGGGCAUCAUUGCAAUGAAGAACGAGAGUCACAUUAAGCUAAAGAAGGUCUGGGCCGAGAAGGAGGAGACGGUAGAGCGUGAGGAACGCUAUUUUAUUAAAGGUACAGAGGUCACGCCGUUGCCCGAAGAUCUAAUCGAUGGCUAUAUGCUUGGCGGCACCCCGGUGCCUUAUGAUGAAACGCUCGUUGAGCUGCCGCCAGCACAUUCGCCGGGCUUGCACUUUGUGGGCUUUGUGAAGCGCAGCAGUAUACCAGACGCGUAUUUUUCGGGUAACUCUCUUUAUAUGUUGGUACAUCAGAAGGGAAACGUUAUAUCCGCUCAAAAAUUGGACGCUUUGGUUAGGGCAUUAAUAUUGCAGAAGUGCGCUAUACUCUGCUGGAAAAUUUUUAGUGCUAAAUUUAAUACUCCGCGCAUUGUGGUACUAGUGCCGCAAGAGUCCACAGUGGAUCGCCCGGCCACGUUAUACAUGCUGGAGUUGUCUUAUCAUGCCCAACACCAAUUCUGGGAUUUUCCUGCCCUUCGCACGGCGAAGACCGAGUGCAACGCGGAUCAACUGCAGGCAGUCGAUAUGCUAAUCGAUAGCAUGGAUCUGGAAUGCACUCUGCAGGACACACAGCAGCCUAGACAGCAGCGGCAGAACGAUUUGCUGCCAUUCGAUGGACUGCCCAGCAUCUUCGAACAGAAUGUAAUGGAUGUGUUGGAACGCAAGGUUAUCAACUCAGCAAAGAGCGAUCCACAGUUUAAGGAAAUGCUUGACGACAAGAACUUCGUCGAUAUAUUUUGGCGGGUACCUGAACCCAUCGAACAAAAAUCCAAACAGGCAGCGAAGGCGCUCAAAAAAUUAUUUCCUUUGGAGCACAGUCAUGCAUGGCUACAGAAGCUCAAAGCCAAGGAAGAAGAACAGAACGCGCCGCCAACCGUCAAGCAAGAACGAGAAGAUCCACAAACGUCCAUCAGUAUUGACAGUGUGGGCUUAAUGACGCCCGCCGAGGACUACAAACAGCUGUUGCAAAAGGUGCGCUCAGAAUUAAAUACUACUCAACGGGAUGUCCAAUUUCAAACGCUAGCGGCUCAAAUGCGAGUGGUUAUUAUCACGCUUCUUGAGCGCAACAAAUUAGACCUCAAUCAAUUGCACGAAGUGCUAACUCUGUAUCGGGACAGUUGUCUUGAGUUCAACAGCUUUGCGGAGUACAAUCAAUUUGCAGCACUGAUAAAAACCAAAGCAUCCAAAAGGAAUCUAAAAGAGUUUUGGGACAGUAUUGUGGUGGAGAAAAAUCUUGGCCCGUUGGUACUGUGCGAGCCAACUCUGGAAGACGAGCUGCGCUUGAAAGCGUAUUAUACGAAACCAGAAUUUGAGGACGAGGGUGAGGAUAUUUAGCAGCAUAUAUAAAGAAUUC